GCGAUCUUCUCGCUUCCGAGUCAAGUCGUGGAAACUUCACGUCUUAGUUGGCCAUGUCUCUUCACUCAUCCCUCACCCCCCUUCGAGUAUAUCUUCGAUCUUCGGUCCCCCCGGCAGCUCGUCUACACUCCGUCAGGCAUGCCUCCCUCAACUCGGCCAUUGGUCGGGGCAUCCGCAGGUCCCAAGCGGUAGACGACUCUCCUCGGUCCCGCAAGACAUUUGGUGAUGAACGGGAAGUUCGUCGUGGGAGAGACAGGGACUCCAGGCCGCAGCGAUCUGAAUACAAGGAGACACGCGGGCCGCGGAACUCGGAGAUCGAAUUUGACGAGGAUGAGUUCAUCCGGACAGGAAACUUCCGAGCACUCCCUCGCGAGCACCAGAGGCUUGAAAGCACCAGAUACUCCCCGAGAAUACAUGACACGCCGAAAACGAAAGACAUACCCAGAACAAAGGACAAUGGCCACCCAAAGGACCGGAAAUCCUACCAUCGCACCACCGAGAAGGUCCCCGAACGAGUGAAGGAAAAUGUUCGUAUUCCGGACUCAGUCCCUUACACCACACCUGCGUCGGAAUUUAUCUAUGGAAGUGCAGCGGUAGAGGCGGCCUUACGCUGCGGCCGGCGCCGGCUGUACAAGCUAUACCUGUAUCAAGCUGCAGGCGAGGAGCUAAACUCCUCGAAAAUCACCUUACGGAAACUAGCACUUUCCAAGAACGUCACAGUAAAGAUGGCUUUUGCAGGCUGGGAUCGAUUGCUAGACAAGAUGAGUGCCGGACGACCCCACAACGGCUGUGUUCUUGAGGUGUCUCCCCUCCCUCAACUCCCUGUGAAAAGUUUCAAGACCGUUCCGUCAGCGGAAGAGGAUCACUUCCGCCUGGAAUUAGGCGCACAAUCGCGGGAAGAAGCUCAGGUGAAUGGUACAAAUGAUCGUAUCCAAAUCAACCACUCCCUUCGAAACAGAUAUCCCGUCGUUCUACUACUUGACGGCAUUCUGGAUCCGGGGAAUCUUGGCGCCAUUAUCCGCUCCGCAUAUUACCUCGGGGUUGAUGCUAUAGUUUUUGCGGGUCGAAACUCCGCGCCUCUAUCGCCAGUGACCAUCAAGUCCUCCGCGGGAGCCGCCGAAAACAUGACUCUUCUUCAUGUCAGAAAUGAGGUGGACUUUAUCCAGCGGUCCAAAACCAACGGGUGGCGGUUUUAUGCGGCCGAUGCCCCCGGUCCAGGUUCCACCCUCAUUGACCCGACCUCCUUGUGGCAAAGCCGGAGUACUACGGGUGACAGCACUCCUGCCAAUCAGGGCCCUCUUGCUCAAUCACCAAGUGUCAUAAUGAUGGGCAGCGAGGGCACAGGAUUGAGUUCCCAUAUCCGGUCACAGGCGGAUGCCAUAGUUAGCAUUCCUGGUGCCAGAAUCAGUACGGAGCUGGGGGUGGGGUCUGAUCCGGCCCGGGUAGACAGUCUCAACGUUAGUGUUGCUGCAGCAUUGUUGAUGGAUAUGUUUCUUCGGAUGCCAUUUGCAAUGGCAGAUAUGCCGAAGAAGGAGAAACUCUGGUGAGCAGAAGAAGAUAACUAUCCUCGUACAUUAAUGUAAGACCUCUGCGUCUCUCUUCUCUCUGCCUCCUCCAGGCCCGAAUCGCAGGUACCAACGAGCCAGCAGCAACCCAAAAGAACCAUACCGCGACCAAGAUUGCCCCCUUGACGUGUCUCGAUGAGCGCACCUGGCCUGUACACUGCUCCGUGACUCACGAUGCAAGCGCUUCCAGGCCCGAUUAGUGAGUACCUGGACGAUACACGUGUGGUAACCUCCACGGAAACCACAAGGCCGAUGCUAGUAUCAGUACCGGCCAAUACCAGGCAGAGUGAGGGACUCCACUCGAAGAAGAGAAAAGAAUGAGGUCCCGAAGCGGUCGCGUAGAGGCCCCAGGUCCAGGGUACUAACUAGCGCACUCGACUCGGAGACCGAAUCCUCCUCCGAACCAUCCGAAGCCGCUAGUACUCCAGCCGCCUCUCCGGGCGGCCGCAAGCCUGGCUGAUAUCAGCCCCGU